AUGGAGGGCGGCAAGGCAUCCACUUCCACUCAGCGGCAGCGGCAGUCGUCCGGCGGCGUUCGGCCGAUUGUGCUAGUAGUGGUCGCGGUGAGCCUGGUUGGCGUGCUGUUCAUGGCCACGCGGGUCUCGCCCGGAUGCCGUCCACUCUUAAAAGCUGUGUACCAACAAGGAGUAGGCCGUGCCGGCCCCUCCGUGACGACGGCCGAUCCGCUCCUCGGCGGCCUCCUCUCGCCGGACUUCGACGACCGCUCCUGCCUCAGCCGCUACCGCGCCCCGCUCUACCGCCAGCCGUCGCUCCACAACCUGUCAUCGCACCUCGUCGCGCGCCUCCGACGCUACGAGUCCCUCCACCAGCUCUGCGGGCCUGGCACACCGGCCUACUCGCGCGCCGUCGCCCGCCUGCGCGAGGCCAUGGAUGGGCAUGCGUCAGCGCCAGCACCAGCUGCGGCAUCAUCCAACGGUGCCAGCUCCGACGACCCCGAGUGCAGCUACAUCAUCUGGACCCCCGUAGAGGGACUCGGCAACCGCAUCCUCUCCACCGCCUCCGCUUUCCUCUACGCGCUGCUCACUGACCGUGUCCUCCUUGUCCACCACCCCGCCGACGACCUCAACGACGUCUUCUGCGAGCCCUUCCCGGGCUCCAACACCACCUGGGUGCUCCCGGAGAAAGGCUUUCCCAUCCAGGGCAUCAAGGGGCUCAACGUCCGCACCCGGGAGAGCCUCGGCAACGCGCUGGGCCGUGGCAGGGACCCGCCGGCGCCGUGGCUGUACGUGCACCUACAGACCGACUACAAGCCGGACGAUCGGCGUUUCUUCUGCGACGACGGACAGGACUCGCUGCGUGGCGUGCGAUGGCUCGUGCUCCGCUCCGACAACUACUUCGUGCCGGGCCUCUUCUUCCUCCCGCGGUACGAGGAAGAGCUGGCCCGCCUGUUCCCGCACCGCGACACCGUGUUCCACCACCUCGGGCGGUACCUGUUCCACCCGAGCAACACGGUGUGGGGCAUGGCGACGCGGUACUACAGCUCGUACCUGGCCCCGGCGGAGGAGCGGGUGGGCGUCCAGGUGCGCGAGUUCAAGUAUGCGCGCAUCUCCGCCGACGAACGCUACAAGCAGAUCAUCUCGUGCGCGAGCCGCGAGAGCCUCCUGCCCGCCGUCAAGGACGCUACUCUCCCGAGCUCUGACUCUGACCACCACCAGCAGCAGGAGCAGGAGCAGGAGACGAAACGCAAGGCCGUGCUCGUGGUGUCGCUGAACGGGGACUACUACGACAAGCUCAGCAGCCUGUACUACGAGCACGGCGCGGCGGGAGGGCACGGCGCUGUGACUGUGAGCGUGUUCCAGCCGACGCACCUGGGCAUGCAGCACUCGGAGAAGCGGCAGCACAACCAGAAGGCGUUGGCUGAGAUAGUGUUGCUCAGCUUUUCGGACGUGGUCGUCACGUCCGCCCAAUCCACGUUCGGCUACGUCAGCCAGGGGCUGGCCGGGCUGAGGCCCUGGGUGCUCAUGCUCCCCGCCGACGGGAAGGUCCCCGAUCCGCCGUGUCGUCUCGCCUCCACCAUCGAGCCCUGCUUCAUGAAGGCGCCGCACUAUGACUGCCGGACCAGGGGACACAGCGACAACGGCAAGCUGCUCCCGUACAUCCGGCAGUGCCAGGAUGUAUCGUAUGGCGUUCAGUUGGUGGAGUAA